AUGCGUGCUUUCGGCUACGUUCUUAUGCUCUGUUCCUUUGCCGUCACCAACAUUCUUGCGGCACCUGCAUUGAAUGCGCGUGCGAUGCCUACCCUGUACCGCAGUGGUAACGCGGGCGGCCCAAGGUUGGACAACGUGCGGCCCCAGGACCUCGUAAUGGACAAUGGCAAAGUCAGCACAAGUAAGUCGCUCUUUGCUGACUGCGCGACCGGAGUCUGA